CUGCACUUCCCUGCUCCCCUUCUGGGGUCGGGGUGCCACCCCCUCUCUCUCUGGGGGGUGCAGGGGGAGCCCCCUGGGAUGGCCGCUGAUCCAUGAAUCCCCCCAUCCCGGGGUGUCCAUCCCCACCUGUCCCAGGCCAUCCCCACCUGUCCCGAGCCAUCCCCACCUGUCCCAGGGUGUCCAUCCCCACCUGUCCCAGGCCAUCCCCUCUUGUCCUGGGAUGUCCAUCCCCUCUUGUCCUGGGGUGUCCAUCCCCACUUGUCCCAGGGUGUCCAUCCCCACCUGUCCCAGGCCAUCCCCACCUGUCCUGGGAUGUCCAUCCCCUCUUGUCCUGGGGUGUCCAUCCCCACCUGCCCUGGAUCAUUCCCACCUGUCCCAGGCCAUCCAUCCCCACCUGCCCUGGACCAUCCCCACCUGUCCCAGGCCAUCCCCACCUGUCCCAGGCCAUCCAUCUCCACCUGUCCUGGGGUGUCCAUCCCUUCCUGUCCCAGGCCAUCCAUCCCCACCUGUCCCAGGCCAUCCCCACCUGUCUCAGGGCUUUCCCACCUGUCCUGGGAUGUCCAUCUCCACCUGUCCCAGGCCAUCCAUCCCCACCUGCCCUGGACCAUCCCCACCUGUCCCAGGCCAUCCCCACCUGUCCCAGGCCAUCCAUCCCCACCUGUCCCGAGCCAUCCCCACCUGUCCCAGGCCAUCCAUCCCCACCUGUCCCGAGCCAUCCCCACCUGUCCCAGGCCAUCCAUCCCCACCUGUCCCAGGCCAUCCAUUCCCACCUGUCCCGGGCCAUCCAUUCCCACCUGUCCCGGGCCAUCCAUCCCCACCUGUCCCAGGGUGUCCAUCCCCUCCUGUCCCAGGGUGUCCAUCCCCACCUGCCCCGGACCAUCCCCACCUGUCCCAGACCAUCCCCACCUGUCCCAGGCCAUCCAUCCCCACCUGUCCCAGACCAUCCCCACCUGUCCCAGGCCAUCCAUCCCCACCUGUCCCAGGCCAUCCCCACCUGUCCCAGGCCAUCCAUCCCCACCUGCCCUGGACCAUCCCCACCUGUCCCAGGCCAUCCCCACCUGUCCCGAGCCAUCCCCACCUGUCCCGGACCAUCCCCACCGGAGAUCAGGUGCUGUCCCCCCCAGGGCAGGUGGAGAGUGACCACCCCACACCCCCCCAGUGCUUCCCCCCCCGAGCCCCCCCCAGAGCCCCCGUUGUCCCGGGAGAAGCUCCAGCCCAGCCGGGAGCCCGGGGCGGGCCCGGGGAGGAGCCGGAGUCCCUCGGGAGCGGAGCUGCCCCGGCUGCCCCAUCUCCAUCCCGAGGGAAGCAGGAAUCUCGUUUUGAUUUGGGUUGGUUUUUUUUUUUGUAAAAAACAUGCAAAAAAAGAAAAAAAGGAAAGGCAGCAGAAGCUCCCCGGGGAGGGGGCGCAGGGCCCGGCCCCCCCAGCACCCCCCCGGCUCUCUCUCUCGAUAUCUAUUUUUGCAUUUGUAUAUUUUUAUAUAGGAAACUUUAAGCAUUUGUAUUUUAAUAACCCUGUGAAGCACUAUGAGCUCCCCCCCGACCCCCCUCAGCCCGAAAUCCACAAAGGAUUGGGACAAAAAACAGGAGGUUUCUUAAUUUAAUGGUCAAUUUGGUGAUUUUACCCCCACCCCGACGCCCCCCCCCCGGGCCCAGCUCUGUCCCCAGAGGGGAUCAAGUGCCAAACCCCAGCCCGGGAUGUCCCCGGCCAUGUCCCCUCCCGGUGAUGUCCCCGCUGUCCCCUCCCCAUGGAUUGUCCCCGAGGAGUUUGGCUUUCCUAUGGAAACGCAGCCGCGAGGGAGGGGGACCCCCGGGGGGGCUCUGCCCGGAGCCUGGGCUGCUCCCCUGCCAUUUUUUGGGGGGGCUCCGAGCAUUUUUUGGGGGGGGGGGGGGGGUCCACACCACCAGCGCUGCUCCCAGUGCCGGGAGGGGGAAGGGGAGGGGGCAGCUGGAUCCCACCGCCCCCAUUUUGGCUCUGUUGGCACCGGGGUCCCCACCCUGCUCCUGGCACCCCCAGACCCCCCCCCAGCAGCCCCCAGACCCCCCCCCCCCCAGCCAUUCCCGGGACACAAAACACAAACGUGCCUUGACAAGGGGGGGACAGGCUGGGGAUGAGCCCCCCCUGCUCCGCUCCCGCGCCCCUCUGAGGGUUUGGGGGGGCUCUGGGGGCUGCCCCCCUCCCCCAGCUUUAAUCCACUGUCACCCCUUCAUUCCGGGGGGGCCGGGGCCGCUUCUCUAUGCAGCGGGGGGGGGUCCUGGGGGGUCCAGCCCCCCCAAACUGGCAAUAAUUCUCUCCCUGUUUGAUCUCGUCCCGUCUCUGUUGUUUUAAUUUGGGGAAGGGGAGGGGAGGGGGGGUCGGUUUUUACAAAUCCGGUGGCUGAUGUCAUAAACCUCCCCCCCCCCCAAAGGCAAUUUUUUUUGGGGGGGGAGGGGGUGGUGGAUGAUUUUUUUUUGGGUCCCAAAGUGCUAUUUUUUUGUACAAAAAGACUUAGAUGAAACUGUUAGUUUUGGGGGGCUCCUUUGUAAAUGGGGAACGACGAGUUCUUUUUGUAAUAAACACGAGUCGCUGGCGUUGUCUGCAA